GCGCAUCGCUGUCUAGUUUCAGUUUCGGUCUGAGGGGCUGGGGCGGCGCUGGUUGCACCUCGCUUGAGCGGCGCCAUCUGGGUUUGUGCAGCGCGGCGGCCCCGGAGCAGAGUGGAGCGAGCCCGCCGCGCCCCCCGGGCCAGCGCAGCCCGGUCCGGCCCCGCGAGCCGACAUGGGCCUCGCCUGCCGCCUCUCCGCGCUCGGGCUGCUGCUGAGCGCCCUGCUGGUAUGCACCUGCUCUCAAGAUCAUGAGUCUGUGUUUGCCAUUGUGGGAGAAGAUUUUACUUUUUCACCAAAAGUAAACGGAACUAUAAGAGAAAUUACCUGGAUGAAAAACAGAGAUAAAGCGGCUGAAUGGGAACAUGAUACUAAGUCACCUGUGUAUUAUUAUAGCUUAGCAGAAAGAGGAGUGCUUGAGACAUCGUCUGGCAAUUUGACCAUCAAAAAGUUAAACAUUGGUGAUACUGCAGAGUAUGAAGCACAAGUUCUGCCUGUUGGCGUUGACCAGCUCCAAUACACAAAAUUUGUACUUGCCGUAUUGGAUCCUCCUCCACCAUCAGUAUUAAAUUGCAACAUCACUAAUGGUCAGAUUAGAAUAUCAUGUGAGAUACAGUUCUCAAAGGAUGUGCGCUACAGUUGGUAUCGGGAUGACAGAAAAAUUGACGCUAAUAGUCCUGUUCUCGAACUUAAAGGAAACGUCAACCCUUCAGAGAAAGUUUUGUGUGUCAGAGAAGUCUCCAAAACAAAAAUCAACAACUCAAUCUCUCUGAGCACAUGUAUCCCAGAAAGUCCUGAAAGUCUUUCAAGGGGUAGAGCUGGUUUAAUAGCAUUUUUUGUUAUUAUUAUUAUUCUCCUUCUAUUCAUGGGAGCACUCGUCGUUCUGUGGAAAAGAGGUUUGCUUGCCAACAUUCACCGUCAGAUAUCCAGAAAGCACGCAGUUAAUACCAAAUGCAUUGUUAUUGAAAAGAACAAAGGAGAUAUAAGUGACUUCAGAGAAGAAUCAACUUUUCCUCUACUUGGCUGUAAGUCCUGUUCCACCCUUGCUGUCCUUUUCUUUGCUUCUCUUCGGCGUAUAGUGCUCCUUACAUUCGAUGUUCCUGUGGCUUUAUUUCUUUUCAGUUUAUCCACAAGAAGGAUUUCUUCACCUAGGGGCCCUCACCUGUCCAUUAGGUGUCUUUGAACUCUGUUCUUUCAAUAGAUGUUCAGACAGUUAUUCUCUCUGUUCAUUUACUUUGUCCUUUGUGCGUGCGCUUCUCAUUAACUGUUUUCAGAAUCUGUUUUCAUCUAACAGCUUUUUGAUCAAUUCCCUUUUUCACCAAUUGGUUUUUCCCUUGCUUUGCUUCUCUCCCUCUCUUCCCUCCUCCCCCAUGGUAUAUCAGUAAAUUUUAUUUCCCUCGGCUUCCCCUCUCUAAUAGUGCCUGCUUACAUACCCGGAUCUAUGCUUUCUCUGUUUCUCCUAACCUGAAACCUUUCCUGUUUUCUUUCUUUUCUCCUUCUU